AUUGAGUAGUAAAUAAAACUUUUCGAGUUUUUUUCUUUUUUCUCUCUCUUUUUGGCGCAGAGACAGAAUGAAAGGAUCGGACUGUAACUGACUCUCCCACUGCUUCAAAACCAAAACGCUCUUCUUUGUACAUUUUCUGUGCUUCGUGGGAGCUUAACGUUGGUGGGUCGUCCUCAUUUUCGCUCCCAACUGAUUUGCUCUAAUCAAAAUCACUUCUUUGGCAUUUGGGUGUACGCAUUUGUUUGUUUCGGUUGUGCAUAUUCUUGGAGCUCGUUCUUGGGAUUUUUCUGAUGAGUUAGGAUUUGAAUGUGCUUGCACAGAUAAUUAGUGAGAUAUACAUAGAGAGAAGUGUAAGGAGUGAAAGGAAGAAAUGGGGGAAAAGCCGGAAGUGUUGGAGGCCGUGUUGAAGGAAGCUGUGGAUUUGGAAAAUAUACCCAUUGAUGAGGUUUUUGAAAAUCUGAGAUGUAGCAAAGAGGGUCUUACCAGUGAGGGUGCUGAGGAAAGGCUGAAGAUUUUUGGGCAUAAUAAGCUCGAGGAAAAGAAGGAAAGCAAAGUUUUGAAGUUUUUGGGGUUUAUGUGGAAUCCUCUAUCAUGGGUUAUGGAAGCUGCUGCAAUUAUGGCUAUUGCACUUGCAAAUGGAGGAGGAAAGCCACCCGACUGGCAAGAUUUUGUUGGUAUCAUUACCCUGCUUAUCAUUAACUCCACAAUCAGUUUUAUUGAGGAAAACAAUGCAGGAAACGCCGCAGCUGCUCUCAUGGCUCGUCUUGCUCCCAAAGCCAAGGUUCUUAGAGAUGGAAGGUGGAGCGAGCAAGAUGCUUCCAUUUUGGUUCCUGGCGAUGUAAUCAGUGUUAAACUUGGGGACAUUAUUCCAGCUGAUGCACGUCUUCUGGAUGGGGAUCCACUAAAAAUUGACCAGUCUGCGCUUACAGGUGAAUCUCUCCCGGUAACAAAAGGUCCUGGUGAUGGUGUGUACUCUGGUUCUACUUGCAAGCAAGGAGAGAUUGAAGCUGUGGUCAUUGCUACUGGUGUCCACACCUUUUUUGGUAAAGCUGCUCAUCUUGUUGACACCACCAAUCAAGUGGGACACUUCCAAAAGGUCUUGACAGCCAUAGGGAAUUUCUGCAUAUGUUCCAUUGCUGUGGGAAUGGUAAUAGAGAUCAUUGUAAUGUACCCAAUUCAGGAUCGUGAGUAUCGUCCUGGAAUUGAUAACCUCCUUGUGCUACUGAUUGGAGGAAUUCCAAUAGCCAUGCCUACAGUUCUAUCUGUGACAAUGGCUAUAGGUUCUCAUAGGUUAUCCCAACAGGGUGCCAUCACAAAGAGGAUGACGGCUAUUGAAGAAAUGGCAGGCAUGGAUGUGCUUUGCAGUGAUAAGACAGGAACCCUGACUUUGAACAAGUUAACGGUUGACAAAAAUCUUGUUGAGGUUUUCGGUAAAGGGAUAGAUGCAGACACUGUUGUUCUAAUGGCUGCUCGAGCAUCAAGAAUUGAGAAUCAAGAUGCUAUUGAUACUGCCAUUGUUGGGAUGCUAGCUGAUCCAAAGGAGGCACGUGCUGGGAUUCAGGAAGUACAUUUCCUUCCUUUCAAUCCUACUGAUAAGCGAACAGCUUUGACUUAUAUUGACCAUGAGGGAAAGAUGCACAGAGUCAGUAAAGGCGCUCCAGAACAGAUUCUAAAUCUUGCAUACAACAAGUCAGAGAUUGAGAGAAAAGUUCAUGCAGUGAUUGAUAAAUUUGCUGAACGAGGUUUGCGUUCACUUGCUGUAGCAUACCAGGAAGUUCCAGAAGGAAGAAAAGAAAGUGCCGGAGGUCCUUGGCAAUUCAUGGGCCUCUUGCCUUUGUUUGAUCCACCAAGACAUGAUAGUGCAGAGACAAUUAGGAGAGCUUUAAAUCUUGGUGUAAAUGUGAAAAUGAUUACCGGAGAUCAGUUGGCUAUAGGCAAGGAAACAGGACGUCGAUUGGGCAUGGGAACCAACAUGUAUCCAUCAUCUGCUUUGCUAGGACAAGAAAAGGAUGAGUCCAUUGCUGCUUUACCUGUUGACGACCUUAUAGAAAAAGCAGAUGGUUUUGCGGGUGUAUUCCCUGAGCACAAAUAUGAGAUUGUAAAACGCUUGCAAGCUAUGAAACAUAUCUGUGGGAUGACUGGUGAUGGAGUGAAUGAUGCUCCUGCGCUUAAAAAAGCAGACAUAGGAAUAGCUGUUGCAGAUGCAACUGAUGCUGCUCGGAGUGCUUCUGAUAUUGUUCUUACUGAACCUGGUCUUAGUGUUAUCAUCAGUGCUGUUUUGACUAGUAGAGCAAUAUUUCAGAGGAUGAAGAAUUACACGAUUUAUGCAGUUUCCAUUACAAUACGUAUUGUGCUUGGUUUCAUGUUGCUGGCUCUCAUUUGGAAAUUUGAUUUUCCACCAUUUAUGGUGCUUAUCAUUGCUAUCCUUAAUGAUGGUACAAUCAUGACAAUUUCAAAGGAUAGGGUUAAACCAUCUCCUCUCCCAGAUAGUUGGAAGUUGGCUGAAAUUUUUACCACUGGCAUUGUACUCGGUAGUUACUUGGCAAUGAUGACGGUCAUAUUUUUUUGGGCAUCGUAUAAAACUAACUUUUUCCCUCGAGUCUUUGGGGUACCAACCCUUGAAAAAACAGCUCACGAUGAUUUCCGGAAGCUAGCCUCAGCUAUAUAUCUGCAAGUGAGCACUAUCAGUCAGGCCCUCAUUUUUGUUACGCGAUCUCGAAGUUGGUCCUACGUCGAGCGUCCUGGGGUAUUUCUUGUAGUGGCUUUUAUUCUUGCUCAACUGGUUGCCACUCUGAUUGCUGUCUAUGCUAAUUGGAGUUUUGCUGCCAUUGAAGGAAUUGGUUGGGGUUGGGCUGGUGUAAUUUGGCUUUAUAACAUCAUCUUUUACAUUCCUCUUGAUCCAAUAAAAUUUGCUAUUCGAUAUGCUUUGAGUGGGAAGGCUUGGGAUCUCAUGCUUGAGCAAAGGGUUGCUUUCACAAGACAAAAGGAUUUCGGUAAGGAACAACGUGAGCUGCAAUGGGCUCAUGCACAAAGAACGCUGCACGGUUUGCAACCGCCUGAUACUAAGAUGUUCACCGAGAGAACUCAUUUCACAGAACUCAAUCACAUGGCUGAAGAAGCCAAAAGGAGAGCUGAAAUUGCUAGAUUGAGGGAACUCCAUACACUGAAAGGUCAUGUAGAAUCAGUAGUGAGAUUGAAAGGUCUCGAUAUCGAGACGAUUCAACAAGCAUACACGGUGUGAUGGGAAGUCCAAUACUGUAAUAUACUGUCUUGUAGUUGUAUGUUGACUGCUGGCAUUAAGAUAUGCAAUUGGCACAUGCUAUUUGCAAGUUAAAGAAGGAUGAAACAACGGUUAACACCGGUACUUGGCUUUUGGUCUUUUAGCAUAUUAGUGGACUCUGUCGUUUUCGACGUUAUUCUGUGUUAUAUUAGUCUUUUUUCCAUUGCCGGACUUGGCAUAUCUUGUAAUGCACUGCGCUCCCAGAAGGAAUUCUUAUGAAAUGUGUCAUUUAUGUUCAUUCCAAA